AUAAGCCGCAACGGUUUAAAAAAACACACAGUAAAAAUGUUGAAAGCAUUUAGUCAAGUGCUGACAAUCCUGUUAGUAUUAGGGAUCAGCUGGCAAAUGGGACACUGUGGAGUCAUUUCCUCGUUGGAUGAUAACACUGAACACGAUCAUCGCAUGCAUCCCACCUUUAAUUUCAAGCCCGUCGAUCGUCUCUACAAAAGAGCCAUGCCUAUGUUGAAAUUUGACUCAUCCAAGCCAGAGGAGAAAUAUCUGGAAUUUUGGAAUGAUGUUGGUCAAGAUAUACUCAGUCAACAAUUGGCCAGUAAAUCUCUGCUCAAUACAAAUAUGGCCAAAAAUGUGAUUAUGUUUUUGGGUGAUGGCAUGUCCAUACCGACCAUAACGGCCGGACGUGUAUAUCUAGGUGGAGAAGAGAAGCAAUUUACUUUUGAAAAGUUUCCCUAUAUUGGGUUAAGUAAGACCUAUUGUGCCAACUCCCAGGUGGCUGAUUCAGCCUGUACAGCCACCGCCUAUUUGGGUGGUGUCAAAGCCAACUAUGCCACAGUGGGUGUUACCGCUGCCAUUGAGCUGAAUGAUUGUCGGGCCCAAAAUAUCACGGAACAUCAUGUCCAUUCCAUUGCCGCCUGGGCCCAAGCCCAGGGUAUGGCCACCGGUCUCAUUACUACCACGACAGUAACUCACGCUUCUCCCGCCGGAGUUUAUGCCCAUGCCGCCAAUCGUAAUUGGGAAAAUGAUGCUGAAAUUCUCAAAACCAACAAUGAUCCUACCGAGUGUCAGGAUAUUGCCACCCAAUUGAUUUACAAUGAAGUUGGCCGCAAACUCAAUGUCAUACUCGGUGGUGGUCGUGAAAAUUUCCUACCCACCUCACAGCAGGGUAAACGUUUAGAUGGCCGUAAUUUAAUCAAGGAAUGGCAAGACAGCCAUGGUCCCAAAGCAGCCUACGUGGAGACCAAGGAACAACUGCGAAAUCUACCCAAAGACACAGAACGAGUUAUGGGUCUGUUUGCCAAUAACCACAUCCCUUAUCAUCUGGAUGCCGAUCGUUCCGUUAUACCCAGUCUCAAAGAAAUGGUUGAACAGGCUUUGGAGAUCUUGGAAAAACAAAGCAAUGGCAAGGGUUAUUUCCUUUUUGUGGAAGGUGGACGCAUUGAUCAUGCCCAUCACGAUACCUUGGCUCUGAAGGCUCUCGAUGAGACGGCUGAAUUUGACAAGGCCAUUAAAUUUGCCCGCCAACAAACCUCUCAAGAUGACACACUCAUUGUUGUGACAUCCGACCACUCCCACACCAUGUCCGUGGCCGGUUAUUCAAGUCGUAAAAAUGAUAUUUUUGGUAUCAACAAUGGCCAGUUGGCUUUGGAUCAGCUACCCUAUGCCACAUUGUCCUAUGCCAAUGGUCCGGGCUAUGAAAAUAAUGUUUUCAAAGCCGGUGCUGGUUUGAAGAGGAAAAAUCUCAAGGAGAUCAAUAUGAAGCACAAAGACUAUAAAUUCCCCACAACAGUCCCCUUGGAAUCGGAGACGCAUGGUGGUGAUGAUGUUGCUGUGUUUGCAAGUGGUCCCUUUGCCCAUCUUUUUACGGGAGCAUAUGAACAGAACUUCAUACCGCAUGCCAUGGCGUACGCCUCGUGUUUGGGUUCCAAGCGAACCGCCUGCCAUGAUGGACUUCAUAGACAGAGGCAAUAAUUUAGUUUAGCUAAGAAAGGGAGGGUAAAUUUAAGUUGCGUAUUAAAAAGCAUAUAAGGCUAUCGUUUUAGUUGUUAAGAUUAUUUUUAAGCAUUACCAAUUAAGUUGCUAAUUUAUUUAAAAAAAAAAAGAAAAAAC